CUGUUAUAAAAAGUUAAAGUAGUUAAAAUUUAGCACUAUAAAACAAUUUGACUGUUUCUAUCAUAAACUUUAAUUAAAAUCAAUAUAGAUAUUUAAAAUUUCUCAAUUGGACUUCGGCCGGUCACGAACUGGCUGGCCAAUGUCUAAAGUCAAGAAACAUUUCGGACUUUGGCCGGUCAUUUGGAAGCGAUAUGCAUAACAACCCCCCCUCCCCUCCACACAGACACACAAUAAAACAUUAAAAGGCUGGGCCCGCCCCUACUCUUCUGAGCUGUGUAUGAAACUAGCGACUAUCUAGAAAGAAACUAAGUGGGUGUUCUGCUAUUUGCUUGUUUACUUCGUGGGUCUGAUGUGCACAGCAAAUGAAUGAUGCAGCCACUUACAGUUUGGUGUGUAGUGACAUUCUGUGGACUUCUUACUGCUGCUGUGAGCAGGACAGCGGCUGAGAACGUUUUAAGUUGUAUGACCUUCGAAGAGUUCCCGGAUGAUGAAGACAUAACUGUCAAACCGACAUCAGAGAAAUUAAAAAAUUGUUGUGGCUUGAAGCAAAAUGUCCACUAUUAUCCCGGCACUAAAGCUGGUCUGUUGACGCUUGACUGUGGAGAUGAUCUCAUCACUGAUGUCGACAUCACUGCCAGAAACUGUGAGAAGAAAUGUACUGGGCUCACCUUGGACUUGUAUGCAGCCUCUCGUUACUGCUGGUGGAAGACAAAAUGUGAGGUGAUGUACACGGCCGGUGUUAUAAUGAUUGGCAAAGGAUGUUAUUAUCAACCCACAUAUUUAGAGGUCAGCUAUUCAUGCCUCAAGAAAGAAACGCCUAUCGUUGAUGUGAUGAACCUUGUACAAACGGUGCAGGCGGCAGAGGGCACCAUACGCUCACAUGGUGGGAGCAAUCCGAGCUUAAAGGAGCAUAUAACGUAUACCGUUAAAGUUCUGCCUCCAGAUGACGUACGUGAUAGAGCAAAAGUGACGGUGUCUGUAACCAAAGCUAAAGUUUCAUCAGGCGACCUAGUUACACUUGGGUCUGACAAUCAAGAGUGUAAAAUAUCUGAAAAUUCAACGGGGGCAUCAAAGACGUUCAAUGCUCCAUUCAUAAAAGUGAGCUACAAACACCGAAAGAAUUCCACCAACACCACAGAUUUUAAUAUCACAUUCAAAUGGUCAAGAAUAGACGGGGAGGAUGCCUGUAGGAACUCUUCAUUCAAGUCGUGUGGAGAGGGCAAAGUUAUUGAUGUCAUUUCUGAUUUGACGUCAAAGCAUUAUUACGGCGUUAUUCGAAGCCAUUCCCAGUACCCAGCCGAUUACAGGAAACCAGCUGCUCCAUCCUUACACGGCGAAAAUUAUUCAACAUUCGAGAAACAAAUUGAAAGUCCUAGAAAGGGAGAAACCUGUUUCAAUUUAAAGCUAUUACACUUCAGUUUAGAUUACAAGGACAGUUUGAAGAUAGUCGACGCCAAUAACAAAAACGAAUAUGAGACUAAAGGGAAACUGGCAGGCAGAGACAUAAGUUACACAACUAAUGCCAGAAGUGUCAAUGUUACAUUUAAGCUUCACCAUGCCCGACCUGGAUCUGCCUCUGGGUUCCUGAUGUUCUACCGAUGGACAGACACGUGUAAUGGGACUUUGGAUUUCUUCUCUCCUGCCCCUUGCCAGACCACGAAACCAGGACAAACAGACAUAAAAAAAGCUUACCAGACCUCGAAACCAGGAAAAUCAGACAGGAAAAAAAAAGGGACAGACAAGUGUAAUGGGACUUUGAAUUUCUUCUCUCCUGCCCCUUGCCAGACCAAAAAACCAGGACAAACAGACAUAAAAAAAGGCAACAAGAAACCCACGAAACCCAAGGGUAGGCAUCAACAAAUAGGCAACAAGAAACCCAAGCAACCCUGAGAUAGCUGCAAGAAUUUUAAAUGCCAACAAUGAAGAUCAAUUUGAGACGACCAAGCGACCAUGAUAUGAUGACCAAUUGAUAAACGCCACUUUAUUUCAAAAUAAUAAAAAUAUUUCAUACCAUAA